AUGACAGCGUGAUGCUGUCGCGCUGCAGCAGGGAGAGAGCGCGCGCUGCACACUCUCUCACCCAGCGCGAGCCGCUGCUGUCCACUUUUAUUCCAGCGGCAGAGGAGCAGCGGACACUUAAUGGCACAUGCAUGAAUGUUCUUGGACCCAUCAGAAGUAAAACCCGAGCCAGCAUGGGCCCUUCAGACCCAGCUAAUGUCACCAGUGAUAUUCUCAAUGGGGAGGGAGAAUAUACCUACUGGCACCAGAACAGUCUUGGCAACAGCAGCAUGGAAUUUCAUAAGCCUGUCUUUGUGGAUGACAUAACCAAGCACCUCGGUGUUCAGAUAGUACUUAUAACUGCUUAUUCGCUUAUAAUCAUCCUAGGCCUGGUUGGUAAUACACUAGUUAUUUACAUGAUCGUUAUAUAUAAAAACAUGCGUACUGUUACCAACUACUUCAUCGCCAAUCUUGCAUUAGCUGACCUUAUGGUAGACACGAUGUGUUUGCCCUUCACCUUGGCAUACACUUUGCUGGACGAGUGGAAGUUCGGGGCAGUGAUGUGUCACAUGGUGCCUUAUGCCCAAGCUCUCAGUGUCCAUGUGUCUAUUCUGACACUAACCGUGAUCGCUCUGGAGCGUUACAGGUGUAUUGUGUUUCAUAUGGGCCAGCGUCUCUCCAGGUGUGCAAGUUUCAUUAUCAUCGGCUUGAUUUGGGCUUUUGCGGCCAUCCUUGCUGGACCUUUGGCUAUUUUUCGGGAGUACCGCUAUGAGGAGAUUGCCUACAUUAACUUACGGAUCGCUGUGUGCUCGGAGAAAUGGCCCCAUGGAACUAACCGAGAUGCCAUAAUCUACAGCUUCUCCAUGCUUGUGUUGCAGUAUGUGCUUCCACUAGGCAUUAUCAGCUAUGCAUAUGUGUGCAUCUGGGUCAAACUGAAGAACCACGUCAGCCCGUCUAACCGCAAUGACGGCAUCGCUCGUCGCAAGAAGACAACAAAGAUGCUGGCACUAGUGGUUGUGGUUUUCGCAGUGUGUUGGCUUCCUUUCCAUGUAUUCCAGCUAGCUAGUGAUCUCGACCUGGUCCUCAAGUUUAAAGAAUACAAGCUUAUUUAUACUCUGUUUCACAUAGUGGCCAUGUGCUCAACUUUCACCAAUCCUUUGCUCUAUGGAUGGAUGAACAAAAAUUACAGGAAUGGCUUUAUCAUGUUCUUCCGCUGUGAGCACAAACCUGACACCAUCCAUCCUGAGGGUUCUUUCAGAACUCGAACCCUGCGAGGUUUAAUCUUGUAUGGUGACAGACAACCUGCAACUGCGGUCUGAUCCAUGACACAACAUAAUAUACCGUAUAUAUGGGAUUUGUUUUUUGUUGUUGUUGUUUAAGGUAUUCAAAUGUGUAAACAUUCUGCAUGCUGUAUACUGGAUAAAUACAGUAUUUACUUUUGAUGAGUGUGUUUUGUACAUCAGCAUCUGUAAUUUUACCUAUGGUGUGUUCAACCUGUCUAUGCUGUCUCUGAAUACUGUUAAGCUAAAAAUGGAAGUUAUUUAAAAUUUAUUUUCACAUGUGAUGAAUAAAUUCAGCUUGGCAGUUUGUCUAUCUAACAACACCGCCUUUGUUAAUGUUUUAUCUAGGGUGGCUGCUGCAUUGUUAUGUAAUUGAAACUAAGGAAAGCACAUUGUUCAGCACAAUCAGUGCAGCGAGGAUAUCAGUUAUUAUCUCAGCUAGCAACAGCUGCAUUUGUGUAUAUAUACAGUAUAUGGCUUUCUGGAAGGAUGACUGUUUCUUAAGGUAGAGAAUAAAACAAAAAAUUAUGUCAAAAAUAAUAAAACUGCCUUAAUAUAUACUGUAAUAGCAACUGUAUGUCCUGGAUUUUUACAUCUAUAAAAUGUGGUACAUUUUAGUCAUGUAGUGUUUUACACAUUUGUGUGUGUGUGUGUGUGUGUAUCCUAGAGUAUGCACAAUAACACAUCUUUUAAAAGAAAUUCAUCAAAAUAAUAUUAUACUGCAUAUCAUAUGAGCCUAAGAGUCUAGAUGUAGUAAUUAAUAGAACAGGGCAAGAUUCAAAAAGUUGCACAUUAAAUAGGCAAGGGAAAAGAUGUUUAUUUAUAAAUGUAAAUAAAACCUUUGAACUUACCUUUAAUGACACCCUUCAGAACUUACUGUUCCUCUAACAAAAACUUUGUCACAAAUAUAAUUAGCAAACUAUUUUCUCUAUUUUAUUUUAUUUAUAAUAAACACCAUUCAAAAAUAAUAUUAACAAUACAAAACAAAUUAUUGC